AUUACUCUAAAUCAAGAACCACACUACAAAUAAAAUGGUUUUCAAAUUUAAGUGCUACUCACGCCUCAAUUAGUGUCUGCACAGAUAAAUCAGACCAAGAUCGUAGUAUCAAACAAAAACUAGGAUUUAUGAAAAAAUAUAACGAGGACGAUAUCGAUAUAGCAACAUAUUUUGAAGAAACUUCUUGCUGCAGCGAGGAUAUAAGUAACAUAUAUAGUAAUGUGGAGACAGUAUCUUUAAGGGAUGGAGACUCUUUUAAAAAUUUUGAACAUAUUAACCUUUCACGUCCUUUAAGAGAUAAUUCUGGUUUUCACGUAAUUGUUAUCACUUUUAAUGAUAAUCAUAACCAUGAUCUAUCUUAUAAAGCAAUACAAUUUGAAAAAAAAAACAGUUUACUGAAGAAAUAUGGCAAAAAGUUGAAUUUUUGGUUACUAAGUGCCAGCUUGGCACAACCAUGGUGUGAUUAUGAGUUUGGUGAGUCAAUUGGUCAUGAUAACACAGUUUUUGUCAGUAAUGAGACAGCUGAAACAUACCAAUGGGUCCUUCAAAUAACAAAAAAAGCCACUAACAAUAGAUACCUCAAUGUUUUUGUAACCGAUAGAAUUCAAUCUACGUCUUUCGUUGAAAGUCAAAAUGCAUACAUCAAGAGAGUGUUAGAAAGCAGUAAUACAUCUUUGUGUGAGUUGGAACAAAUGAAGGAAAGUUUGUAUUAUAUGGCCAGUCAUUCUAUAGUUGAAGAGGUCGAGUCACUUAUCAUUUGUGAAUCAUCACAAAGUAAAGACAUGGAUGGUGAACUUGAUGUUGUUAAUUUAUCAGCCAAAUGUCUUCUGGAUUGCUUAGAACGAAAUACAAUUGAGGAGAUUUGGAAAUUGUCAAGGGUUAUAAGCAGUAAAAUUAAUCAUUUUGUAUUUCUUCUUUCUAAUGGCUCAUAUAGUUAUACAUGCCUUUUACAACAAAAAAAAGAUCUUGUUUGUUGGCAUUUUUACUAUUUGCUAAAUAUUACAGAGAAGACACAGUUUAGUUUAUGGCUAAUUGCCAAGCACUGGAUUCCAAGAGACCAACGAUUAGGUGUUGCAAAGGAGGAUAUAUACUUUGGUCAAAGGUUUGGUGAAACCACAAACAAAGAGUAUAUUAAUGAAAUACUUUUUUAUGUGAAAGUUUGGGGCCUUGCACAUACUACUAUAAACAAAUGCAUGUUACAUCGUAACCAUGAAUUUGUUUGUUUAAUCAAAGAGUAUUUGAGCAGGAUUCAUAUUAGAGAAGAUGAAUUGAUCGGAGAACAAGAAACCUUGAUGCAUACUUCAUUUAACAGACAUACUAUUGAAGACAUACCGCUUGCGAAUCCCCGAAAGAUUACUGUUAAAGGAAGACCAAAAGCAGUAAGUCACAAGAAUGCUACAAAAAUUACAUCACAAGAUAUAGGAAAUAAAAAGAAACGUAGACAAUACACUUGUGGAAUUUGUAAAGAGCCAGGCCACAAUGUAGCAACUUGUCCAAAUAAAGUAGAGGA